CAAAUGCUAAUGGAGCUGCACGGUGCUGGGCUGUGAGCACAGGUCCCACUAGAGAACGUUGGGUAACUAUGUUCAUACUACCAUUAGACCUUAAGUGUUUUUGUUACUCUCUGGAUAUAUUUCUUCUACACCACAGACCAAUGUUUAUUUGUUAGUAAAACUAUGUAAAAAUCAUAGUAUGCCUAGUCUUUAUUUCCUUCAUUUAAAGUCACCAAAAGUAAGCAUGUUUACAAUUUUACUCCAGAAGUAUGCAGUGUCAGUAGUACAAAGACUGUGGUUUAAUAGGCUAACAAUAAUGAACAGUAGUAAAAAAAAGAUUCACAAUGCUUUUAGUGAAAUUGUAAUGUGAAUAAGAAAUGUGUAACUGAAUUACAAACUGUUUCACAUACGGUGGCUCUCAAAAAUUAUUCCCCCUUUUGGACAUUUUGUGUUACAAAAUAGAUUUAAUCGAGAGAUUGUGCAACUGAUCAACACAAAGACCAUAAUUUCAAAGUGAAACAUAAAAUCAGAAAACUGUUCUAAAUUAAUUACAAAUAUAAAACAAAAUAAUUAGACAUGCUGAAAUAUGGAUCGACUGUAUUCUUAAAUCAGUGUAGAUGAACAUGUCUGCAAUGCAAUUUAUUCUGCUGUGCACUGUAGUAGCUGGCACAAGAGUCGACUGUAAAGUUGACAGGCAGCUGUCUUCAAGAAAAUGCAAAAUAUAAAAUUAUUAUCCACAUCUACCUCAUGUUUAAAAUAUUUAACUUAAUAUUUACUGCAAUGUUUAGCACCAUCCAUUUUGUUUUUGUUAAGAAUAGCUGAGUUGUUGGGAUGUGUAGAUUGCGAACAAAUUGUACAUUUACAAUGCUGCUAUUUACUGACUAGAGGCAUGACUUCUUUAGUGACUUGAACUGAGUUUUAUAACGGUAUAUAUUGCCUACAUUGUAUGUGAGUGUGGGAAAAUAUGUAAUGUUGCAUUGAGAUAAUUUUUUUAUAUAUAUACCUGAUCAUAUAUGCUUUGCAAAUGAAUACAAUUAUUUGAUUAUUGAUUGGUAUUGAUUGACAAUACUUACGGUAGUAGAAAUUCUGACCAAAAGAAAAUAACAUUGACAAGGCUCGAGUCCGCUAUCCUUCUCUGUGGUGUUUUCUUUAAGGAUCGAUGCCUCUAUCCUUCUCUGUUAUUUUGUUUUGGUUCUUGCUUAGCAACCGCUCAUGUUGUAGGAGGCUGUGGUAGCUAGCUACAGUAGCUAAAAUCACAAGACGCAGUGACUGCAAUUUACCCACAGCGGAGAUAACGAGCUAAAUUAUUUGAAAUGCCGUUAAUGGUCACAGAUUACACAUGGACACAGACAGAAUGGAUUGUUUACAUACAUGUACCGUUAAAGGGGGUUAAAGCUGGGGAAGUAGACAUCUUUUGCACAGAUGACUAUCUGAAGGUCCAUUUCCACCCAUUUAUAUUUGAAGCCUUUCUUUCUGAACCAAUAGAUGAUGACAAAAGUACAGCAAAAAUUGGUAAUGGGAUUGCAGUUUUUACAUUGCAGAAAAAGGAGGAGGGGCUAUGGGAGCACCUUGUGAUUGAUUGUGACAAAGAAACAUUCAGAAGGAUAAGGGAAAGGGCACUUGAGAAAGCCUGUGAAAAGCUUGCUGCUGAGGCAAAAGCCAAAGCUACAAAAACUCAAGAAGAAAGAAAGUAUGCACUGGAGAUUAUGAUGAAACUUGAGGAGGAAGAGAGAGCCAGGAUCCAGAAAAUGAAAGAUGAUGAACGUGAGAAAGCAACAGCAGAGUUGGAAGAAUGGAAAUUGAAGCAGAGGCAAAUAGCAGCGAACAAAACUCAACUAAAGAUACAAAGUCAGAGAAUCGUGACUGACAAAGAAAUAAUAUUGGAAAAGACACAUGCACCCAAAUUAUCAGAUGGAUGCAAGGACGAGCACGAUCAGAAAAACUGUGGUGGGUCAAGUGGUAAGGAAAAACAAGAUUGUUUGCCAUCUCCAAGAUUGACAGGCAACAUUCAAGUCAAGUUCACACCACGAAUAUUUCCCACCGCUCUACGAGAGUCAAGAGUACCAGAGGAGGAAGAGUGGCUUCAGAAGCAGGCAAAGGCCAGAAGGGCAUUAAAUGCAGACCUGGGAGAGCUGAAGAACCUCACAGAAGAAGAGAGGAACCCUCACUGGUUAAAGGAUAAAGGAGACAAAUUGUUUGCCACCGGUAAUUACCUGUCUGCGAUCAAUGCUUACAACCUUGCCAUCAAGCUUAACAGAGAGAUUCCUGCCUUAUAUUCAAACCGUGCUGCUUGUCACUUGAAACUAAGGAAUCUUUAUAAAGCCAUUGAGGAUUCAUCGCAGGCACUUGAUCUGUUGACACCACCUGUGGCUGGCAAUGCAGGUGCCAGGGCAAGAGCCCAUGUAAGACGAGGCACAGCUUUUUGUGAACUGGAACUCUAUAUUGAAGGUCUUCAAGAUUACCAGGCUGCUUUGAAGAUUGAUCCUCAAAAUAAAACUCUACAAGCAGACACACACAAAAUCAGACAAAUAAUCCAAAAUGGUGCACUCUGUCAUUCAGAUUAAUAAAAAAUGAAUAUUAUUUUAGCAGUAAGGAACACUAAUAAAUUGUAUUGUCUUUGUUCAGUGCAGUUUGUGUUUAUUUUACUGUGAUACAAUAAAAUGAAGAGUCAAAUAUAA